UAAAACUAUACAACAUGGCCGCUUUUUACAAAAAUUAAAAUUUUGCCUUCACAAGUAUCUUAUUUCAAGAGGAAAUUGAGCUAUUUUUCAACAGGAAUAAAUUUGUAAGGCACCAUGCCGAAGAGACGUCGGACUUCUCACAGUACCGAGGAUUCCGAUCAUGCCUCCGUCGCAUCUCACGUGAGUCACAGUCACGCUGUACAGAAGAGGAGGAAGAAGUCUGCCUAUGACCCGAUGGAUAUUUGUCAAGAACUUUAUGAUGGCAUCAGGAACCAGAAAACUCAAGAUGGCCGCUUGUUGUGCGAGGCGUUUAUCAGGGUCCCUAAGAGGAGGAGUGCAGCCGAUUAUUACGACGUUGUAUCACACCCCAUUGAUUUGCUGAAAGUCCAGAAUAAACUAAAGAAUGACGAAUAUGAAGAGGUGGAUCAACUGACCUCUGAUGUCGAGCUGAUGGUUAAUAAUGCGAAAGCCUACUACAAGAAUCCAAGUCAAGAGUACCAAGACGCGUGCGAUCUUUGGGAGCUGUAUCUGCGUUUGAAGAACGAGGCCAUCUCCGAGGCGUUCGGUGAACUCAACCAGGGCGUGGACACGUUCAGUAACGUCGAGGAGGACAAGGAAGAUAAGCUGAUACCAAGCAGAGAGGCCUCCAAAGACCACGACGUAGCCAGUAGCGUUGGUAACAGUUCCGUAGCGGGAGAUGAUGAACUGGAAGAGCAGUGUGAGAGCUUGUUUACAGCAGUGAUGACGACCAAAGAUGGGGAACGCCCGAUGCAUCUGGCAUUCCAGUUGCUGCCGUCAAAAGUGAGAUACCCAGAAUAUUACAAGGUGAUCAAGGAGCCCAUCGACCUGAAGACCAUCGCCAUGAGGAUACAGGACAACCAGUACAGAAGUCUCGACCACCUCGAAAAGGACCUCGCGCUGAUGUGUAAAAAUGCCAGGACGUUCAAUGAACCAGGAUCAAUCAUUUACAAGGAUGCGUGUGCUAUCAAGAAGAUCAUACAGACCAAGAAAAACGACCUCGAGCAUGUGGGAUCUGUCAAAACCAGUAUGCGUAUAAGGGCGAGAAAGCGUGGUGCAAAUCAGAAACUCUCCACGAUCUGUGCGGCUCUCGAGUACCCUGAAGAAGUAGAAGAAGUCGAAGAAGAAGAAGAGGACGAUGAAGACGACGAUGAAGAAGAAGAUGAUGUUGACGACGAUGAUGAGGAGGAUGAGGAGGAUGAGAUUGAAUAUGAGGCGGAGUCGGAACCCGAGGGCUCCAUCGCUGACGGAGGAGAGGAGACCAUGUAUUGGGCGCUGUUCAAGUCGCUGAUGCACGUUAAGGACCCCAUCACGGGCCAGUUCCUGAUCACGCCAUUUAUGAGGCUACCGACGAGAAGGCAUUAUGCUGAUUAUUACGAGGAGAUCAAGCGGCCAAUCUCCAUGACCAACAUCAAGAAGAACAUCAAGAGUGGUCAUUACAAUUCGCUCGAUGAACUGGCCGAUGACUUGGAGCUGAUGUUUGCUAAUGCCCAGAGAUACAACCAGGAUGAGAGCAAGCUAUUCAAGGAUGCUGUCAAGCUGCAGAAAGUGAUGAGGCAACGGAGAAAUGAGAUAGAAGCCAAGUUGGACUUCAAGACCUCCACCUAUACUAUCACUAAGGACUAUCUCUGCAGAAAGGAGGUGCCACUGCCUGUGGUGUCUCCGUCCGCCUCUAUCAUGGAGGACCUGCCCCCACUCUUUCCCCAGCAACUCCCAGCAUUCAUACCACAAUUCUUCAAGAAUGAGAUGGAUGAAGAUGAUUAUAAUAUGACUUCGACGCCAAAGCCACCGGCCCGGCUCAAGAUCAAGAAGGCCACGCCCAAGGAUGGGGAAGAGAAGCGUCCUCGGUCGGCGAAGAAGGGUGUCCCACCUGAGGAGGUGCUCAGGAAGAGGCUGUGGAUGCUUUACAAGACUGUCCACGAUCAUGAGGAGAAUGGUCGUCCCCUGAUCAUUAUCUUCAUGGAGCUGCCAUCAAAAAAGGACUAUCCCGACUACUACCAUGUCAUCUCGGAGCCGAUCGACAUGUCCAUGAUUGAGAGAAAAAUACUUGAAGACAAGUAUACCAGUGAGCAGGAGCUGAUCUCGGACUUCGAGUUGAUGUUCAACAACGCGCGGCACUACAACGAGGAGAUGUCACAGGUCUAUAAGGAUGCGGAAACUUUAGAGAAAGUCCUCAAGAAAAGGUGGCGCUCACUUAGUCCGCUUGCUGGAUUCUCGGUUAAGCGAUCGGGGCCAAAGACCAAGGCGAUCACAUUAUCGUCCCUCUCCCACAAGACACACGACCUUUACAAUACCAUCAAGGAUUACACCGACACGAGGGGGAGGAUUCUCUCCACGCCAUUCAUGAGGCUGCCUACCAAAUCUGAGUAUCCCAACUAUUACGAGGUGAUUAAGAAGCCUAUCGACAUGCAGCGCGUGAACCAGCGCAUGUUGGGUAAUCAGUAUGACAACCUCGACGAUAUGGUCGCAGACUUUGUGCUCAUGUUCGACAACGCCUGUAAAUAUAACGAACCGGAUUCACUCAUUUAUAAGGAUGCGCUGACCCUCCAGCGGAUCUGUCUCGAGAAGAAAGGGGAACUCAUGGGAGACGAGUGCAGUAACGAACCGCCAGAUGUGAAGGCCUUGGUCCAGGAGAUGAUGAUGAAUCUCUUUAUCUCAACUUAUAACCAGCAGGACGAGGAAGGACGUUGCUACAGCGAUUCGUUUGUCGAGUUGCAUCAGCAGCAAGCCGUACUGAUGGCCCAGGCUGUGGUGUCGGAGCCUAACAAGCCGAUAAAGAAACCAAUGACCCUGGACCAAAUCAAAAAGAAUCUCAACAAGGGCCGUUACCGCAGAAUGGAUAGAUUCCAGGAGGAUAUGUUCACGCUAUUCAGUGAAGCGAGAAAGAUGAGCCGAACUGAUUCACAGGUAUAUGAAGAUGCAGUCGAUUUACAGCUCCACUUCAUCAAGACCCGCGAUGAGUUGUGUCGUAACGGAGAGGUGCUCUUGACCCCGGCACUGAGCUACACGGAGAAACAUCUGCAGGCUGAAUUGGAGGCCGAACGUAAAGAGAAGCUCCCCCUGGAGAUGAAGGAGGAUGAGGAGAAGGUCAAGCUACAGAAGCUGGAGGAGCUCGAGAGGCUGGAGAAUGAGAAGACAGAACCAGUGAGUCAAUGGUUGAAUGGCGAGCAAGGUGCAGAAGAGAGUUUCAAGCAUAAGGGUGAGACCUAUCGAGUGGGUGAUUUCGUCUACCUCGAGCCCAGGGACAAGAAACUCAUCGAACCUCAUCUCAUCUGUGUUGAGAAACUGUGGAAGGACAAGAACGGUGAACCAAUGGUCUACGCCAGCUGGUUCUAUAGACCCAAUGAGACAUAUCAUGUUGCGACGCGCAAGUUCUUGGAGAAGGAAGUGUUCAAGGGGGAUUUCUAUGACAGUUCCCCACUCUCUAAAGUCCUCGGAAAGUGCUUCAUCAUGUCAGUAAAGGAUUACUACAAGAUGAAACCAGAGGGCUUUGAAGCAAAAGAUGUUUUUGUUUGUGAAUCAAGAUACUCCAUCAAGCAGAAGGCUUUCAAGAAAAUCAAAGUGUGGCAGAUGCCAAAGAAUGACGUCAAGCUCGUUCCUCGCGAAAUCCCAUUGGUUCCCGUUCGUGUGGCCUCCGUGUUCGCCAACAAAGUCAGCGCAGACAAAGAAGGCGAGAUUGUCGAAGACAACGACGGCCUGCCACCAGUGCUAGACAAACAGAGGCAAAACGUACUCGUCGAAAAGAAGGAAGACACCCCAGAUGACGGAUGUCAAUAUUUCGAACAAAUCGUUUUGCCGCAGGGGGCCUACAAACUCGGCGACUCGGUUUUCGUGCGGUCCAACAGCAACAGGCCGUUCAUUGCACGGAUCGAUAAGUUAUGGACUGACAAGGUCGGAAAUUCGUACUUCCACGGCCCGUGGUUCAUGCAGCCGACGGACGUCGAACAUGCACCGACGAGGCUAUUCUAUAAGAGGGAGGUGUUCCGUAGCUCCAUCGAGAGUACUACGCCGAUCUUGGCCGUCAUGGGCAAGUGUAUGGUGCUGCCUUAUAAAGAUUACUGCACAAGUCGCCCUAUCGAGUACAACGAAAAUGAUGUGUUUUUAUGUGAAUCAAAGUAUCUUGACCAGGAAAGAGCCAUCAGAAAAAUAUCGAAAGGCCUCAAGCGAUUUCAGUUGUCGCCGCGUGUCUGUGACGAUGAGAUCUACUUCUUCAGGAAACCCAUCACACCCAGAAAGUUUUACACUCUCGCAUACUUGAUAGAAGAGGAGCCCUCCCCCCUCCUGAUGAAGGUGUCGAUGGAACCAUACAAACAGGAGCUAUUCCAACACGACGAGGACUCAAUGAUGUCGUCCCUGCCUGAUCAGGAUCAGUACGGGCAACAAGGAUUUAACAACGCGUUCACGCCUAUGGACGCCAGUUUCUCUCAAGAUAGUAAUUCCACGCCCUCCCAUCCACCCCCCUCCUCCACAAAGAAAACAGCGUCUGGUAAACCGAAAAAGAAGCACGUGCCGAGUGGUUACAUUGUGUUUGCUGGCGAAUGCCGCAAGAAGAUCCAGGAAGAAAACUCUGAUCUGUCUUUCGGAGAUAUCAGCAAGAUUGUUGGGACUAAGUGGAGAAACCUCCCGAAGGCCGAGAAGGAAAAAUUCGAGGACCGCGCCAAGCGGAUAGCGGAAGAGCAACAGGCAAAACAACAAGAGGCAGAGCGUGCGUUCAACGAGUCGCUUCAGAUGUAUCCACCACAGUCACCCGGAUCUUCAGGUUAUGAGCAAAGCAUGUCACCCAGUGCAUCCAGUCGUCCGUUAACACCCGGAUCACAGUAUCCAAGCAUGCCGCAGCAAAUGCAGGGUAAUUUCCAACAAGGUUAUGCCCCUCAACAGCAGCAGGGCUACCCUCAAAUGCAGCAGGGUCAGUUCCCUCAGCAGGGCUACCCUAAUCAGCCACAGGGGCCCUACGCUGGCCAGGGCUACCCUCAGGGUCAGUUUAACCAAGCUCAGGGUCCUGGGAAAGGUCCCACGGGCCAGGGCCUCCCUCAGACAUAUCAACAGCAAGGUAUGCCACCCCAGCAGAUGCCACCUCAGCAGCCCAUGCAUCAGGGGAUGGCACACCAGCCUGGCAUGGUGCCCCAGUCCGUCAUGGCCCAGGGGCCUAGGCCUGGUAUGGUGAGGCCCGGCUAUAAUCAGGGACCAACCAUGGGGCCCCCUCCUCCACCUCAUCCGCAAAUGAUGCCUCAUCACCAGGGUGGCCCCCAGAUGCAAUACCAAGGCCAACCCCCUAACAUGCCUCCGUACCAGGGCCAGGUCCCUCCUAGCUAUCCGUCCCAGGGUGUACCUCCAGGCUGUAUGCCACCGCCCCAUAUGAUGUCACGAGGUAUGAAUUCUGGUCCAGCGAGUCCCAGGCAGGCCUCGACACCGGGCCCAGAAGGAUUUGAACAAGGUGCUAACCAGCAGACCAUGGCGCCACCUAUGCCACCACCGAGACCGCCAUCGCCGAUGUUUGUAGCAGUACCGCCAAGAACACAGAGACUUUUACACUCGGAGGCAUAUCUCAGAUACAUAGAAGGUUUACACUCAGACAGCAAUAAGGUGACAGAAUGGGACAAGCAUCUUGCCGCCACGCAGGAGAACACACCUCUCCAGCAAUCGGGGAAACUGCCCGUCAACUGGCUGACGAACGGUGUGGAACAACAUGGCAAUGCUGUGAAUGCCCUGUGGGCGCUAAGAGAUCUCAUGACCAAGGACGCGCUGCAGAUCCAGCGAGUUGUGGAAGCUGUGUCCUAGUGUAUUUAUAAAGGUGUCAAAUUAGAAGAAGAGCUUAUAGAAAACUGCCAGCAUCAUCACAGAUAGACAUUUUACAUGGACGCUUUUGUUUUAUUUAGUUCAAUGCAUUUUACAGUCAAAACGGUCAUAAGUCGUAGUUCCACCUAUCAUAAAACCCCGUGUUUUUUCAAGACCUGUGUCUUCGCCGUGUGUCAAAAAACCUGGGGCGCACUUACACCUAUCAGUGGUGUUAGAUAAUGGUUAAUAGCCCCGGCGACAGGUGCGCUGUAGGUAGGGAGCUCUCCUGUGUUUCUUUCCCGUUGGAGGGGAAUUUCGCAUGUGCAAUACCGAGGCAACUACACCGCGCCAUAUGUCGCCGGAUCUUAGAACUUGCCAUUGCCGUGUCUAUUCAGCUUCCACCUAUCAAAAAACCCGUGUUGAAAACGGGUCAAAAUUAGCCCCCGAUUAGCCCCAUCGAGCUCGAUGGGGCUAAUAGACACGUGGAUUUGACACACGGGUCUAUUUAGACACGGCAAUUCAUAGGUGUAAGCGCAAAAGACACAGGGAUUUGAUAGCUGGAAGUACGACUAUAGUUGAUUUGGUCAUAAUAGGUAUGGUAAAUUUUUGCUUCUGUGUCCUAUAUGUCGCGUACUCUAAUUUCACCAAUCUAUGAGCGAGUAGGCCUUUUAAAACUAUGAGGCAAUGGGUGAUAUGAAUAAAGACUAGCAAAUGCUUUUAUCUUAAACUCCAUGUACAUUUACACUACACCUUUCUGUACAAAAUGGAAGUAAAAGCAUUUACUAGACUUUAUUCAUAUCAGGGUACCGAAGUAAAAGGUCACCUCAAUGUUGUUUUAAUUUGGAGCAUUCCAGUGUCCAAUGUUGUAAUGUCUAAGUGAAUCAAAAUGUUCAAAAAAGUUUUUAUUAUGAUUGUGUACUAUAUAGAUGACGAAAUAGUUGUAAUGGACAUGUAGCAAGUUUAUUAAUAAAUUUAUUCUAUUGUCAUA